ACCCAAGCCGCCAGUAUCGGCCGGGACCUCGAAUCGUACGGACUGCCUGUCGUGGAACCUGUUCCAGUACAAAAAAGGGUUCGCAGUCAUUGCGGCUUUCAUUUCGGAUUAAAUGUUCUGAGGAGGACGUGUAAAGGCCAGUAUUAUCAGCCCUGUUCUUCCAUAUCACCGGUCCAGCUGGUUUUUAGAACUGAAAGAUGGGGGACUUCUUCCGGAGCGAGGAAAUGGCGCUGUGCCAGCUGUUUAUACAGCCGGAAGCAGCAUACGCCUCAGUGUCUCUGCUCGGUGAAAAGGGCAUAGUGCAGUUUAGAGAUUUGAACGGAGAAGUGAGCGCGUUCCAGAGGAAAUUUGUCUCUGAAGUUAGGAGGUGCGAAGAGAUCGAGAGGAAACUUCGCUACAUAGGCACCGAAGUGAAGAAAGAUGGCGUCCCCAUCCCAGACAUCAUGACCAUGCCUACUGCUCCCAAUCCAAGGGAAAUUAUUGAUUUAGAGGCUCAAGUAGAGAGGACUGAAACUGAAAUCCAGGAGCUAAGCAACAAUGCUGUCAAUCUUAAGUCUAACUUCAUGGAACUUAGUGAACUUAAGCACGUUCUACAGAAAACUGACGCAUUUUUCCAAGAGAGUGUUUGUUUCCAACAGCAAGAAGGCGAUAAUGCAAGUCGGGCCCUAAUUGGCGAUGACCAAGGAAACAGAACACAAUUAGGGUUUGUAGCCGGUGUCGUGCCGAGGGAAAGGGUGUUCAGUUUUGAGAGAAUGCUGUGGAGAAUCUCAAGAGGGAAUGUAUUCUUGAGAAGAGCGGAUAUCGAAGAACCUUUGCUCGACCCUUCUACAGGAAACUUGCUUUCUAAAACAGUAUUUGUUGCCUUUUACCAAGGAGAACAGUUAAAAUCGCGUGUGAAAAAAGUCUGUGCUGGUUUUCAUGCAACACUAUAUCCUUGCCCAUGCACUUUGUCGGAGCGUAACACCAUGGUUCAAGAAGUCAAGACACGUCUCGAAGAUUUGAACUUGGUUCUGAAUCAAACGGAUGACCACAGGCAAAGGGUGCUUGUUACUGUAGCAAGGGAACUUACUGCCUGGACUGUAAUGGUUAAGAAGAUGAAAGCCAUUUACCACACUAUGAACAUGUUCAACAUGGACGUCACCAAGAAGUGCUUGAUCGGAGAAUGUUGGGUUCCGAGCAAAGAGCUUGGUUCACUAACUGAUGCUCUCAACGACGGAGGGGCUUUGGUCGGAAGUACAAUGCCAUCGUUUUUAAACGUUAUUCAAACAGCAGAAGACCCUCCAACAUUCAAUAGGACAAAUAAAUUUACGAAGGGGUUCCAAAUUUUGAUAGAUAAUUACGGUGUAGCUUCGUACAGAGAAGUCAAUCCAGCACUUUACACAAUCAUCACAUUCCCAUUUUUGUUCGGUGUCAUGUUUGGCGACCUGGGACAUGGUCUUCUACUUUCUAUCUUUGCAAUCUGGAUGGUUUUAUAUGAAGAAUCACUAAUGAAAAAGAAGUCUACAAAUGAGAUUUGGAAUAUAUUUUUCGGCGGUCGGUAUAUUAUACUUCUCAUGGGCUUGUUUUCCGUUUACACGGGCAUUAUAUACAAUGAUAUGUUUUCACGUUCUUUGAACAUCUUCGGAUCUUCAUGGAAGGUUAAUUACAACGUCUCGACUAUAACUUCAAAUUCGUACCUACAGCUGAGUCCAGCAAAAGAGGAUUUCACCAAUGUCCCAUACCCCUUUGGUGUGGAUCCUGUCUGGCAGCUUGCAGAUAACAAAAUUAUUUUCUUGAACACUUACAAAAUGAAGCUUUCGAUCAUUCUUGGAGUGAUACACAUGAUAUUCGGAGUCUGUCUGAGUGUAGCUAAUCACUUACAUAGACGAGAAGCAGUUAAUAUAUUAUUAGAGUUUCUCCCUCAAGUUCUUUUCUUGGUAUUACUAUUUUUCUAUAUGGUCAUAAUGAUAUUUAUGAAGUUUUUCUUAUACUCUGCAAAUAAUCCCCUUAAACAAAGUGAAAGAUGUGCACCAUCAGUACUGAUCAUGUUCAUAAAUAUGAUGCUGUUAAAACAGCCAGAAGAUAAAGAUAAAGACAAGGCUUAUCCCGAUAAAUGUGAUCUGUGGAUGUACGACAAUCAAGACACAAUUCAAAAAGUAAUACUUUUUCUCGCUCUGGCAUGCAUACCAGUAAUGCUUCUGGGCAAGCCAUUUUACUUGCUUGUCAUUAAAAGACAUAAAAAGGAGGAAAAAGUGGAAUUAAACGGUACGCAAAGCAUGAUUGACAUGCAGGUGUUAAACGGCACAGCUGGAAUGUCUGAAACUCCUGCCGUCAAGGAGGGAGAACAUGGCGAGAAUGAAUCAGCAACCGAGAUAUUCAUCCACCAGAUAAUUCACACCAUCGAGUACGUUCUAAGUACAGUGUCUCACACGGCAUCUUACUUGCGUUUGUGGGCCCUCUCACUCGCUCAUGCACAACUGUCAGAGGUGUUGUGGAACAUGGUAUUGCAGAAAGGUCUACAGCAAGACUCCUAUGUUGGCAGCAUAUUCUUAUACGCAAUAUUCGCCGCUUGGGCCUGUCUCACUGUUUCCAUCCUCGUGUUGAUGGAAGGUCUAUCGGCUUUCCUUCACACACUCCGUCUUCAUUGGGUGGAGUUUAUGAGCAAAUUUUACACAGGGUUGGGCUAUCCAUUUCAACCGUUUUCUCUACUCAACAUACUAGAUGAAACGGAAGAGACGGUUGAAACAUAACGUUCACUCAUGUGAAUUGUAUUAGUGUAAACUAUUUUAGCUUCCUACAUAAAAUAACUUUCGUGUAUAGUUGAAAAUAUUUAUUGUAUGUUAUAAAAUUCUUUAGCUAAAUCUGGUUUUAGUAAAACUGACUAUGAACUGAAAUUCUCAUUAAAGAGGGACCAAAUGUUUUGAAUAUAGCAAACAUGCAAAAUUACUCUAGAAAAGUCAAAAUUUAAAAAUAUAUUUUUUGAACUUUUGAA